AUGGCUUUGGCACUAGUUGAGCAUGGACGAACUAAUCAGCUCGACAUCGAGCGAAAUCGACUUACAGCCCAUCUCCAGGCUUCAAACAGUCUUGCCCCGGUGGCAUCAGUCUACGCCUUUUUAGAGAAUGCCCGCGACUCAUAUCGCCUUUGCUCCUCUGGGGCUUGUGGGUCUCGUAUUCAGCGAGCUGAUUACCAGUUCGUAGUGAUCCCGGGGCAGAGCACGGCCUCAAAUGGUCCAGCAUCAGACGUUUACCAUGUCCGGUGUUUUGAGCGAAUUUUGGGCGCACAAUUGGCCCAGUACCUCGAAUUCCUCCUUCCCACCAACUGCCAUUCGUGGUCAGAACGCGGCUUGCUAGCUUAUGAAAGUAAUAGCAGCAUUAUACUAGACUAUGGUGCCACAGCAAUCCUUGAGGAGUUCAAAGCUCGGCAAGGCGUUUACACACAAUAUACCUUCUGGCGUGAGAUGGAUGACCACACGACGUGGUCGCUAAACCGCAUUUCAAAGCCGACAGAACCGGCCAUUGACCCGGUUGACAACUGGAGCAUAAUCACAGAUUAUGUUGAAAAUGGGAAUGGGUUGGCCGACGGCCUCACGAGAUGGAAGACCGCGAAAGUAAGUGCUCAAACACAGAGAUGA